CGCCACACUGGAGCACUAAUGAGCGGGCUGAGAGCAAACCCAACACAGAUCUCCCAUCAGCUCAGGAGCAGCAGCAACUCUGACGGCAUCUGAGGCAACGAGACACAGCGCUGAUCUGCAGUCAGCAGGGAGGCAGAAGGGAAAAGGCGUAGGAGAGGUCGUGAGGUUGCUUCAAAGGCACAUUAGCAGUUAAGAGUGAGAGGAGAGGAUUGCUCCAGCGCAACAGCCAACCUUCUCCACACUGACCCACAGUUCACUUUUCUCUUUCUGAAGACGAAGGACCUUUCCCCUCCCAGAGGAGUUCAGCCAUGGAGGAGAUGCUCACCUGCAGCCGCAGCCCUUUCUCCCAGGUGUUUGGGCGUCAGGGUCAACUCAUGCAAGCCACUGUGCAGUCCCUGAACAGCCUGAAUGACCAGAUUGCAAGCUUUAUGGUGACUGGACCCAAGCCCCUGGAGCAGGAGCAGCCUGUCUUUCCUCCUCCAGAGAAGGAGACGCUCCAGAAGUCCAUGACCCUGAUGAGGCACCUCCUUGUGGAUGCACAGGCAAAAAUCCUGAAAAUGAUGGAUGACAACAAGCAGCUGGCCCAGCGCAUUGAUGGGGCCAUUCAGUCCGCCAGCCAGGAGGUGACCAACCUGCGCUCAGAGCUAAGCGCAACCAGCCGCAGACUGGCCGAGCUGGGGGCAACCGAGUCAGCCAGCAUGCUUGAGACUCUGCAGCACAACCACAACGAUCCCUCUUCAAACCAGAGGCAGAAGCCACCAGCAACUGACCUCUGCUACAAGACUGAAAUCAGCAGUCUGAUGGACUUCAACUCCCCAGAUGCUUCCCUGGAUAAAGUCCUGCUGCGUGAGGAGGUGGCCCAGCUCCAGGAGGAGGUGCACCUGCUGCGGCAGAUGAAGGACAUGUUGAGUAAGGACCUGGAGGAGACCCAAGGAGGUUGCUCCGCGGACGUGCUCUCUGCCACCGAGCUCCGCGUGCAGCUGGCCCAGAAGGAACAGGAGCUGGACCGAGCCAAGGAGGCUCUGCAAGCCAUGAAGUCGGACCGUAAGCGUCUGAAGGCAGAGAAAGCAGACCUGGUGAACCAGAUGCAGCAGCUUUAUGCCACACUAGAGAGCCGGGAGGAGCAGCUCCGCGACUUCAUACGCAACUAUGAGCAGCACAGAAAAGAGAGCGAGGAUGCGGUGAAGGCACUGGCCAAGGAGAAGGACCUGCUGGAGAGAGAGAAGUGGGACCUGCGGCGGCAAACCAAGGAGGCCACAGAGCAUACAGGCAUGCUGCGCUCCCAGCUUGACCUCAAGGAGAACCGUAUCAAGGAGCUGGAGGCUGAACUGGCCAUGAUGAGUAACUGUGUCAAUCAGAGAAUGGAGUUCCGGGUGUUUGAACGCGUUGCGGACAGGGACUACUCUCCUAGGGUCAUGGCGGCCAAACAGUCACUAGCCACCCUGACCAAGGACGUGCCCAAGCGCCACUCUCUGGCCAUGCCCACGGAGACGGUUGUCAACGGCAACAACCAGGAGUGGGUAAUGCAGGCUGACCUUCCACUGACAGCAGCGAUCAGACAGAGUCAGCAGACUCUCUACGUCCACACAGGGCAUCCCACUGACAGACAAGUGGCUGCCGUGCGGGUGAGCCCGUGCCACUCGCGUCAGCCCUCCAUCAUCUCCGACGCCUCGGCGGUGGAGGGAGACCGGUCAUCCACACCCAGCGACAUCAACUCACCACGCCAUCGGACUCACUCCCUCUGCAAUUCCCUAGAAGAUCUGGAGGAGGCGAAGCGUAAGAAGAAGAAAGAGAAGAUGGGGCUUGGCUCUCUGUCUCGUGUCUUUGCCCGGGGAAAGCAGCGCAAGUCCCUUGACCCUGGUUUGUUUGAUGACUCGGACAGCCUCUCCAGCCCCACCCGCCACAGCCUCAGCCUGUCCGACGGGUCAGAGGACCAGCUGGACCGCCUUCAGCAGGUGGAGCUGGCUAGGACGACACCCAUGUCCCAGUGGAGGGCAGGCACUGUGCAGGCCUGGCUAGAGGUGGUCAUGGCGAUGCCCAUGUACAUCCGCACCUGCUCAGAAAAUGUCAAAAGCGGAAAGGUUUUACUUGGACUAACAGAUGAAGACCUGGAGCUGGGUUUAGGUGUCAGCAGUUUAAUGCAUCGCCGGAAACUGCGCCUGGCCAUUGAGGAUUACAGAGAUGCUGAGAAUGGUAGAGGGCUCUCCAAGGCUGCAGAUAUGGACCACCAUUGGGUGGCCAAGGCCUGGUUAAGUGAUGUGGGCUUGCCUCAGUACUCACAGGCCUUCCACAACCACUUGAUAGACGGCCGCCUGCUAAACUCCCUGACACGUCGUGACCUUGAGCGUCACCUCAACAUCACCAAGAAGUUCCACCAGGUCAGCUUGCUGUUGGGUAUCGAACUGCUGCACUUACUCAAUUUCGACAAGGAGGCACUGCAGGCUCGCCGGGUGCUGUGUGAGCACCAGAAUGUGGAUCCGUUAGUAUGGACCUCUCAUCGGGUUAUCAAAUGGAUCAAAGAUAUUGACCUGAAGGAGUUUGCUGAAAAUCUUCAAAGCAGUGGAGUUCAUGGCGCUGUCAUGGUGCUUGACCCCACUUUUAACAGUGAUGCCAUGGCAACAGCGCUUGGCAUCCCUAGCAACAAGCACAUGGUUCGCCGUCACCUUGUUGAAGAGAUGAAAAUCCUGAUUGGCCAGGCCAGGACCGAUGCCAAACAGGACUACGAGCAUCUCGGCCUGGGAACACCACCAACCCUUCUUCGCCAAAACUCCCUGGGCAGGCCGCCUAGCUCCACCAGCCGACACACUGAUGACGAAGGCUCGCUGAGGAGGAGGGCUGUCAAGCCUCCAACAGGGUUCAGCCCAAAGGCCCGCAAUGGGCGAGACUUGAGUUGCCAUAGCAGCUGUGGCUCGCUGCCUCGUGAGGUCCGAGAUCAGACUCCACCCAGAGCCGAAGGAAGCCCGAUCCACGGUUACACCAGCAUCGAGGUUACCAAUGUGUGAGGUCAUUAUAGUGUGAUGAAACACCAGCCAUCAGCUUCAUCACAGCUAAAUCUACAUUAUGGACAUUUGUCAUGUGAACCUGAACAUGGGACAGUUAUUUUUUCUAAAGAUGAGAAUUUACAGAUUGCACUUUUUAAAUGGAACAGGGUGCUUUUUUACAAGUUUCCUGGUUUAUGAAAAAGAAAAAAACAUACUUAUAGGCAGUUGGUAUUUUGAUGUUGUCGGGGGCAGUCAUUUCGCCAACAGAGAAGAAGGACUCAAUCUAAAUUAUUAUUUUUCUAUUUUUUUUGUGUGUGUGUGUGUACAUGGUUCUUUGUGAAUCGGGAUGUGAUUGGCAAUUUGUUGACUGGUUGCUGUUGACUGUUUCUCUGAAGGGAUAUGAGAUUUUGAAAAAAGACUGUUUGUAUUAUACAGGACACUUAAAGACAAAAUGAAAAAAAAAGUUUCAUAAUAUCAGUGUAAAUUUUUCUUGUUUCAUUCAGUACCGCUGUUUGUGAUGCCUUGUCAUUGUAGCCGAGGACAGCGGACUGAAAAAAAAAAUCAACAGAAUUUUAAAUUCUACAGUUUUAUGUUUGACAGUCAUUUUUCAUCUUGCACAUUUACACAGUUGUGUCUAAAAAUGUAGCACCCUCUUCUGAUGUUUUAUACUGUGCAGUAAACAUGGGAAAAAUAUUUGAAUAAUGCCAACAAAAGAUGACUGCAGAGCUGUAUGUCCAUAAAGCCUAAAGGCUGAACGCUGUGAGGAUACAUCCAUGUGAAAAUGAAAGAGUUCCUUUUAAUGAA